AUGCAGCCCCCCACGGGCCCCGCGCUGGCCUCUGCCCCCGAGAGCCCGCCGGGGGCGGCCCCGGGCUCGCCGCUGCUUCGCUGGCAGUGGCGGGAGGUGCAGGCGCCCUGCCUGGUGGCGGGCUGGAUCCUGGUGGCGAGUCUGGCCAAGAUCGUGUUCCAGCUGUCCAGGAAGGUGACGUCCGUGGUCCCCGAGAGUUGCCUCCUCAUCCUGCUGGGGCUGGGCCUCGGGGGCAUUGUUCUGGCCAUCGCUAAGAGAGCGGAGUACCAGCUGGAGCCCAGCAUGUUCUUCCUCUUCCUCCUGCCCCCCAUCGUCCUGGACUCGGGCUAUUUCAUGCCUAGCCGGCUGUUCUUUGACAACCUCGGGGCAAUCCUGACCUACGCGGUGAUUGGCACGCUGUGGAAUUCCUUCGCCACCGGAGCCGCCCUCUGGGGCGUGAAGCAAGCGGGGCUGAUGGACGCGGGCGUGGACGCUGGCCUGAUGGACUUCCUGCUCUUCGGCAGCCUCAUCUCGGCCGUGGACCCUGUGGCGGUGCUGGCCAUCUUCGAGGAAGUCCACAUCAACGAGACCCUCUUCAUCAUCGUGUUCGGGGAGUCCCUGCUGAACGACGCCGUCACCGUGGUGCUGUACAAAGUCUUUAACUCCUUUGUGGAGAUGGGCCCCGCGCAUGUCCAGGCCACAGACUACCUGAAGGGUGUCGCUUCCUUCUUCGUGGUGAGCCUCGGGGGGGCGGCCGUGGGGCUGCUCUUCGCCUUCCUGCUGGCGCUGAUCACCAGGUUCACCAAGCGCGUGCGCAUCAUCGAGCCGCUCUUCGUCUUCCUGCUGGCGUACAUGGCGUACCUCGCCGCCGAGAUGGUCUCGCUCUCCUCCAUCCUCGCGGUCACCUUCUGUGGGAUCUGCUGUAAGAAAUACGUGGAAGCCAACAUCUCCCGGAAAUCCCGCACCACUGUCAAGUACACCAUGAAAACGCUGGCCAGCAGCUCCGAGACCGUCAUCUUCAUGUUUCUGGGCAUCUCCGCCGUGGACACCUCCAAGUGGGCGUGGGACACGGCACUGGUGCUGGGCACCUUGCUCUUCAUCCUGCUCUUCCGGGCCGUGGGUGUCAUCCUCCAGACCUGGGUGCUCAACCGCUUCCGCCUCACGCCGCUGGACCGCAUCGACCAGGUGGUGAUGUCGUACGGGGGCCUGCGGGGGGCCGUCGCCUUUGCCCUGGUCAUCCUGCUGGACGGAGCCAAGGUGCGAGCCAAGGACUACUUCGUGGCAACGACCAUCGUGGUGGUCUUCUUCACCGUCCUCGUGCAGGGUCUGACCAUCAAGCCGCUGGUGAAGUGGCUGAAGGUAAAGCGGAGCGACCAUCACAAGCCGACGCUGAACGAGGAACUGCACGAGCACGCCUUUGACCACAUUCUGGCAGCGGUGGAGGAUGUGGUCGGUCACCAUGGUUACCGUUACUGGCGAGACAGAUGGGAGCAGUUCGACAAGAGGUACCUGAGCCAGCUCCUGAUGCGGAAAUCGGCCUAUCGGCUCAAAGACGAAAUCUGGGACGUUUACUGCAAGCUGAAUAUCCGCGAUGCCAUCAGCUUUGUGGAUCAGGGUGGUCACGUGCUCUCCGCCUCCAGGCUCACGCUGCCCUCCAUGCCCAGCAGGACCUCCAUGUCGGAGUCGUCGGUCACAAACCUCCUGAGGGAAAGCGGCAGCGGCGCAUGUCUGGAUCUGCAGGUCAUCGACACCGUGAGGAGCAGGAGGGAUAAGGAAGAUGCCGUGAUGCACCAUGUGUUAUGCGGGAGCCUCUACAAACCACGCAGGAGGUACAAGGCCAGCUACAGCCGCCACUUCAUCUCCCCGAGUACCCAAGAGCGGCAGGACAAGGAGAUAUUCCAGCAGAACAUGAAGAGGCGGCUGGAAACCUUCAAGUCCACGAAGCACAACGUCUGCUCCGCCAAGAGCAAGGCCAGGCUGAAGAAAGAUGGCAGGAAAAAGCAGAAGAAGAGUGCCGCAAAUGCCGAGCUGCCCAACGGAAAGCCACCCAGAAGCGUUACCUGGCAGCAGACGGCAGCUGCCGUUCUAGUGGCGGUCGACUCCGACGACGAGGAGAGUGACAGCUCUGAGACAGAGAAGGAGGAGGAUGAGGGGAUCGUCUUCAUCGCUCGAGCGACGGACGCGAUCCUGCAGGGCAAGAAGGCGUCCGGCAGCCUGGACGUCUGCCCGAGCCCCCGCAUCAUCCCCCCCUCCCCCACCUCGGCGGAGAGGGAGCUGCCCUGGAAGGGUGACCGGGGCGACCUCGCUGUUUACAUCUCCUCAGAAACCACCAAAAUUGUGCCAGUCGACAUGCAGGCCGCGUGGAAGCAAAGCAUUUCCUCGCUGGAGAGCGUCGCCUCCCCCCCCGGGGCUGAGCCAGGCCCGCAUGCCAAGACGGUGGCUGGCCCGGCGCCGGAGGAGAGACAGAUGAUGCCAGAGCCACGCACCUGCUUUCAGUUCCCCAAUCCUCUCUUGAGGAGCAGCAGGCCUCAGAGCGCCGGCAGCCCGGAAAGGACGGAGCAGCCGGAGCUGCAGCCUUUGAUGGCUCCGGACGAGCCUGGCAGGAUGAGUACGUCUGCCGGACCUAGCAACAGCAGGUGGCUAAUUCAGUUCAACAGACCCGCCAGAUUUUCAGAUGGAUAG